UCCUAUAUCUGAAUGCUGGGUUGAUAGAGAAACUGCUUAACCUAAUGACAGAUAUCUCAUCCUUUUAGGAUGCUUUUGUGUUGAUUGAGACUGUCUUUCAUGGGGUCCCUUACUUUUGCUUUUUUAUUGGGUAAUUUGGAAUCUGCAUAAAAAACAAAUUUGGUUAUGCUGUUUAUUUGAAGGAUGAAUAGGCUUCAGUCCUGGACUUGCUGAGGAUGAACUCUUCUGGGGACAAUCAAAUUUCAGUCAGUCCCAAAAUCCUAUCUCCUCUCAAGCAAAUUCUAACCCUGGUUAUUUGCAUGAAGGGAGGAGCAGUUCAAUCCAAGCAUUAGUGGCACCUACGGAUUUGGAGGGUCGGAACAUUCCAUUUUUAACAGCAAUUGCAGCCAACAAUGGAACAUCUGGCUUAGAGAGGCUGUUGAGGUGAUUCUCAUUAUUCUAUGAAGUUGGCCUCUCACCGGAUGCCAGGUCUUAUGAGGAUAGCAACAAGUCUUCUGACAUUAACACCGAUAUACUGUCCUUGCAAUUCAAAUCAAGACGUGGAUAGCAAUAGGUCUUAUUAGGACCUUGAGGGAUCUACCCUCCAUUAGUAAUUUGGAUCGUUGCCCAAUAUUUCCCAAGAUGAGGUAAACUCUUACACUAAGAUCCAUUUCUCAAGGUGAGGAUGAUAUGGAAGAGAGCAGAUGAUGAUUUUUCGGCGGUUGAUCGUAAUGGUUCGAGUGCCCACACAAGCCUGACAUUGAAACCAUGCACAAAGAAACAUCAGGGUCCUGAGAUUCGAACUGGGUUUUUGAAAGACGCAAAACCCAUACAGCUUCAACAAGGUCAAGAGAUUACUGUCACGACUGACUAUAGCAUUGAAGGUGAUGAGAAUAUGAUAAGUAUGAGCUACCCGAAGUUGGCUGAGGAUUUAAAGCCACAAAGUGUUAUUCUGUGUGCUGAUGGGACAAUUUCUCUUACUGUUCUGGAUUGUGACAAGGAACGGGGUUUGGUUCGUUGUCGUUGUGAAAACUCUGCACUACUUGGUGAGAAGAAGAAUGUCAAUCUUCCUGGAGUUAUUGUUGAUCUCCCAACCUUAACGAGCAAGGACAAAGAGGAUAUUUUGGAAUGGGGAGUUCCAAAUAAGAUUGACAUGAUUGCUCUCUCUUUUGUUCGCAAAGGUUCUGACCUUGUGGAGGUCAGGCAACUGUUAGGACCCCAUGCAAACAACAUCCUUCUCAUGUCAAAGGUGGAGAAUCAAGAAGGUGUUGCUAAUUUCGAUGAUAUUCUGGCAAACUCAGAUGCAUUUAUGGUGGCAAGGGGUGACCUAGGAAUGGAAAUUCCCAUUGAAAAGAUAUUCCUAGCUCAAAAAGCAAUGAUACUGGAGGCCAACAUGCAAGGAAAACCAGUGGUGACUGCCACUCAGAUGUUGGAGUCCAUGACCAAAUCUCCCCGGCCUACUCGAGCUGAAGCCACUGAUGUUGCUAAUGCAGUUCUUGAUGGCACUGACUGCGUCAUGCUUAGCGGAGAAACUGCUGCUGGGCCCUAUCCUGAAAUUGCUGUUCAAACCAUGUCAAGAAUUUGCACAGAGGCAGAGGAUUUUAUAGACUACGGACAUCUUUUUAAAAGAAUAAUGAAAACUGCACCAAUCCCGAUGAGCCCAUUGGAGAGCUUGGCCUCUUCAGCUGUGAGCACAGCCCAUUGCAUUAAAGCAGCUCUAAUUUUGGUCCUAACCAGAGGAGGAAGCACUGCAAAGCUAGUGGCUAAGUACAGGCCAAGCAUGCCAAUCUUGUCGGUGGUGGUUCCAGAGAUAAGAACAGAUUCUUUCGAGUGGUCAUGCAGUGAUGAAGCUCCGGCAAGGCAUAGCCUUAUUUAUCGGGGUUUGGUUCCUGUUUUGAGCACAAGUUCUGCAAGAGCUUCUCAUGCAGAAUCAACCAAAGAGACCGUAGAGUUGGCCCUCCAACAUGCAAAGGCCAAGCAACUUUGCAAGCCUGGAGACUCGGUCGUGGUGUUGCAUAGAGUUGAGUCUGCUACUGUCAUCAAAAUAUUGACUGUUGGUUGAUUGUAUUGGGCCAAAGUUUGGUUAAUGGUACUUCGAUCUUAUUUUGUUGCGCGAUUUUUUCUUCUUGUUUUUCCCAGGAUGGGACGGUUAUUGAACUCAAUUCACUGGAUUUUGGUGAGAAUC